AUGGAUGAAAUUGAUAAGUCUAAGCCACGGAGGAGUUAUCUUGUUACUUACAGUCAAGCAGACUUACAGAAGUUUCCAACCAGAGAAUCGUUUGGCGAAGUUGAAGCCGUUGCAUUCACUUCAAAACGAAGUAAAGUUGUCCCGCUACAUUGGGCUUGUUGCCUCGAAAGGCAUGAAAAUGGCGGUUAUCACUACCACCAUGCCUUGAAACUCAGUGGUACAAAGAGAUGGCUUGAAGCAAAGAAAUUUAUUGAAGCAGAACACGGAAUAGCUGUUAACUUCUCUGAUCACGAUGGCUACUAUACUGCAUAUCGGUACAUAUUAAGCAAAUCUGAUGAUAUGGUUUUCCACAGCACAGGGCACCCGAAUCUCGAUGAAAUUGGUUCUCCAAGAACAAAGCGCUGUCAACAAACAUACCGAAAAAGGCGCUGUGAGAAAAAGUCAAAUGUAGCUGAUACGGAAGCUGCUACCACGUCCAAGAGAAGGAAAAAACUUUCAAAUUUGGAAGUGGCAGAGUUCAUUGUCGAACAUGAAAUUAAGUCGGAGACUGAAUUAUUAGCUGUUGCGAAUGAGCAAAGCGAAGAGGGGAAGAAAGAUCUCGCAGAUUUUGUUCUUUCACGUAACUCAAAGGGCUUGCAUGACCUCAUAGAGCAAACAUGGAAAAUGAAGACGGCAUCUGCAACCCUACUACGAAAAAAAGCUUCACGAAUAGAUUUUAUACGGAAGGCAGCUGACGGUGAAUGUUCAUUGUCUUGCAAAGGAAAAUGGUUAGAGUGCGCCCAAGAAGUGUUGGUCAAUAACAAAGUCCACCCCAUAUUGUUUGCUGCUGCCGUUAGAGAGCUAUUGUUGUUAGGACGAGGGAAGUACCGGAACGUGAUGAUAGUUGGGCCAACUAAAUGUGGGAAAACGUUUCUAUUAAGACCGUUGGAGUUAAUUUUCAAGAUAUUUUCAAACCCAGCGGCGGAUAGAUAG